AUGCGAACUAUGACAUGACACCGGAAGAGGUGGAGUAGAUACACUGGUUUGUGGAGCGUGGAAAUGGACAAACCGCAGCAGUAUCGUUAUUCCGGAGGGUCACAACAUGCACCUUCGCCUGCGCCUCCACCGAAUAUGUUACCGAGAGGAGACUUUUCUGCAGCACCUGCACCCGAGGGAUGGGAUGUUUACCCGCAGCACCAGGCUCAGGCGGUUCCACACCGUCACUGGGCCCCGUUUCCUUCAGCAAGACCACCGCUGCCCCCCGGAUCUCCUCAUGUUUAUCCUCCUCAUCCUCCCUUCGACCCCAGCAGACCUCCUCCUGGCUAUUUCACCACAUCUCCAGCACCGACACCUUCUUCUCCCGCAGCCCUACAACCUGGACACGGCGAGGAUCCACCAUGCUUUCACCCACCCCACAGAGACUACCAGUCUAACAUGGAGAACUACCCCAGAGGACAUUUUGAUCAGAGUGGCAGCUUUUCAAACUCUGCUCCUCCAUCAUAUCCGCCUAGCUUUCAAACUAAUAACAACAUCCUGGCUCAUAGUUACCCGGUGACCCAUCGUAACCAAAACUAUCCAUUACAAGCUCCUCCUGAUCACUCUGACAGGAACAGCAACAGAUCUAACGCGGAUGCUUGGCAGAGAAAACAAGACGGGCAGUGGAUUAAUGCUUUCUUACGCAGAAGACAAACUGCACCAGCCUCUGCCAAGCCUUCUGCUCCAAAGCAGUCUGUGUCUGAUUUCAGACAGAAGUUGUACACUGCGCUUAAAAUGCUCUCCGAGCUCUCUGACGUGUGCCAAACCCUAAAAACCAACCUUGAGAACGAAAACGCGUGGACAGACUCGUACUCGAGAGCAGUGGAGCUGAAGAGCAGUCUGGAGGAAAGCCUGAAGACUCUGAACGAACCUGGUAGAGUGGACAUGGUGAGGAAGAAACUGGCUUUGAUCAAGAAGAAGCGAGCACGCAUGCGCAGGAAGAAAGCCGAGCACGAGGAGGAGAUAAAGGAGCAAGAAGCACGAGCCGCAGAGAAAGAGGCAGCUAUCGAUAAGCACCAGAUGAAGAAGAUACAAGAAAUCGAAGAAAAAAACCGGGAGCGGGAACUGAAGCUGGCGGCUGAUUCGGUGCUCUCUGAAGUCAGGAGGAAGCAAGCUGAUGCCAAGAGAAUGCUAGACAUCCUCAAAGCUCUGGAAAAGCUGCGGAAACUGCGCAAAGAUGCUGCCUCCCGAAAAGGCAUGUUUCCGGAGAAGGAGAGUGACGAGGUGUUUGAGGGCCACUUGACGCGGCUCAGGAGUCUGAUCAGGAAACGCACAGCUGUCUACGGGGCCGAGGAGAAAGCACUGAGGGUCAUGCUGGAGGGAGAGCAAGAAGAGGAGCGCAAACGUGAUCACGAGAAGCGGCAAAAAAAAGAGAGAGAGAAGCUGCUGCAGAAAAAGCGGGAGAUCAACACCAUGCUAUUUGGAGCCGAACUGCCUAUUCAUCAUCCGCUUCAGCCCUACCAAGAGUACUACACCCAGGCAGAGAGCUCCCUGCCGGCGCUCAUCCAAAUAAGGAGAGAAUGGGAUCAAUUUUUGGUUCAUGCAGAUCACCCUGAUGGGUCCUCCAUUCCUCAGGGAUGGGUUCUACCAGAUCCUCCAGCAGAUGACAUCUGGGCCACGGCUCUGGAGAAAUGAAUGUUUGUUUAAAAAACCAUGUCCAUUUC